UGAAAAAAAAAGAGUAGACAAAAUUAAAAAUAAAAGUAAAUUUCCCCCCAUAAAUAAAAGUAGAAACGAGGAAGAAUGUGAUGUUGUGUUGUGUUGUGUUGUUGAAGAGACUAUUGAGUUCCAGCAAUUAUUUCUCAUUUCCAAACUCCAGGCGGUUCUCUGUUUCUCUGUUCUAUUGCGCGCUUCUUCAUCUUCAUCAAUUUCCUAAUGGGUACUGGGAAAAAGCAACAGGUAUCGUUUAGAAAUUUGAAACCAACUAUGUUAGGCGGCGUCAUAUUUGGUUGCACGGAUGAUACGAUCAAUGAAUGUCUUACUAAGCAGCUCUUUGGUUUGCCUCCUCAGCACUUUGUGUAUGUCAAGAAUAUUCAUCCAGGUUUGCCGUUGUUUCUGUUCAACUACAGUAAAAGGAAACUUCAUGGAAUUUUUGAGGCUGCUAGCCAUGGUCAAAUGAAUAUUAAUCCAUAUGGUUGGACAAAGGAUGGUUCGAAGAGAACAUCAUACCCUGCUCAGGUCCAAAUCUGCGUCAAAAAGAAUUGUCGUCCUCUGCUAGAGAGUCAGUUUAUGCCAAUCAUUAAAGGGAAUUAUUACACUCAGUCCCAUUUCAGAUUUGAGCUAGAUCAUGUUCAAGUCAGCAAGUUGAUCGCUCUGUUUUUAACCCAAGUGGUUGCACCGUCUGCCAAAAUGCCCAGAACUACAUUAACCUUCCAGAUAGUAGAUCAACCUCCAUCAGAACCGAGAACUAUAGAAGAAGGAGGAAAUAUUUUAUCUGAUGCAUAUGUUGGCCUCACUCCUUGCAACAAGUCAGAUGGGAAUUCGGUUCUCACAGGUCCUUCAUGCGUUGAUGAUAUUCGCCAGCCAAAUGGAGUUGAUAUAGAAGCAAUGGGAAAGAGUGAAAUGGAGCUGAUAUAUGAGAAAUUGCAAAAGUUGGCUGUGAAUGGUGAAGCUUCAGACUCUGACCCUGUAUACGAAGUUCAGGAGUUUGGAAAUGCCAACAAGAUGCAUGAUGAUUCACAAGAAGGAAGUGUGCCUCAAGAGGAAAAUAUGAAGGAGAGCUCCUUACUGCCCUCAGAUUUACAGUCUAUUAUAGCUGAGUUACAAGAGCUAAAGGCCUUCAAGAAAGAAUCUAUUGAGAACCAACUGAUGCUGAUCUCAGAAAUCCAGCAGUUACAAGAUCGUUGUACAAGGCUAGAGGCCUUGUCUAACCAGUCAGAGACAUUUUCACACGGAACAACGGAGCUUAGCAGUGAGCAGCACCUGGACCCAGAUGGUUUAAUAUAUUUAGUAGGUGGUUAUGAUGGGGAAUCAUGGCUAGCAUCACUUAACUCCUACUCUGCAUCAAAAGAUAUAAUUAAAUCUUUGAGACCAAUGAGCACUGUUCGUUCAUAUGCCUCUCUUACAACGUUGAAUGGUGAUCUUUUUGUAAUUGGUGGAGGAAAUGCUGGUUUGUGGUAUAACACAGUUGAAUCCUACAAUCCUGUAAACAAUGAUUGGACAUCACUUCCUUGUUUGAAUGAGCAAAAGGGGGGGUUAGCUGCAACUACGCUGAAUGACAAAAUAUUCGCAAUUGGUGGUGGGGAUGGUAUUCACUGCUUUUCUGACGUGGAGAUGUUCGAUGUAGAUGUUGGACGAUGGAUAUCUGCUAGAUCAAUGCUGCAGAAGAGAUUUGACCUUGCAGCAGUGGAGCUUCAUGGAGCCAUCUAUGCUGUUGGUGGAUAUGAUGGGAAAGAGUAUUUAAGUUCUGCUGAACGGUUUGACCCUAGAGAGCAUUCUUGGAGCAGACUUGAAGGCAUGAGCUCAAAGAGGGCCUGUCAUUCCUUGAUUGCGCUGAAUGAAAAACUGUAUGCAAUAGGUGGUUUUGAUGGAAGUACGAUGGUAGCUAGUGUUGAAGUAUUUGAUCCUCGGCGUGGGAGUUGGAUGAGCGAGGCACCACUUAACCACUCAAGGGGAUAUUCAGCGGCCAUAGCAUUGAAUGAUAGCAUAUAUGCAAUUGGAGGGAUGGGAGAAAACGAUAAUAUUCUGGAUAAGGUGGAGCGAUACCAGGAAGGCCUUGGUUGGCAAGUAACGAACCUAAAGGCUGUGGGGAAAAGGUGCUUUGCUCCAGCAGUAGUCAUGCAUAUGCAUUGAAAGAGAAGAGGUAGGACUAGGAAGGAUAUCAUCAUUUUAGCUUAGCUAGGAUUGCAGAGAAGCCUGUUUGGUUUUCUAAAGCUUUAAUUUUGUGUAUAGGAGAAUGAGUGUAAGCGUAAAAUCCACUUUUGUACAGGGUUUCUGCCAAAGUAUAGAAAGAAAACCCGACAUUGCGCUCUGGUCUCAGCUACUUUUUUUGUAAAAAUGGAGGUGCAUAUAAACCUUCAUACACAAUAUAUCAAUGAAUCUUUUUGAAUCAACACAAGUUGAUAUGAUGUAGGCUGA